GGCCCAAAGCACACUCCUUUUCCCUUCUGCUUCCCCCACAAACCAUCCCGCAGUUCACGCUCCGAUCCCAUUCCUCGCCAUGGACGCGGCGGGGGGCGAGCAGCUGAGCCUGGCCGCGGUGCGGGACGCGCUGGUCCGGCUGGAGGACUCGGUGGUGUUCGCGCUCAUCGAGCGCGCCAGGCACCCGCGCAACGCGCCGGCCUACGCGCCGGCCGCCGGGGGCGGCGGGGGUGCGGGAUGGCGCUCUCUUGUCGAGUUUUUCGUCCGGGAAGCAGAGGCCCUCAACGCAAAGGCUGGACAUUAUCAAAAGCCAGAAGAUGUUCCAUUCUUCCCUCAAGAUCUCCCCUCGCCUCUCUUUCCUACCAAGAGUUCCCCAAAGGUUUUGCACCCUUCAGCUUCGUUGGUCACUGUGAAUGAUGCAAUUUGGAAAAUGUAUUUUGAUGGACUGCUCCCCUUAUUCACUGUUGAUGGAGACGAUGGUAGUUAUGCAGAAACAGUUGCGUUGGAUUUUGCAUGUCUGCAGGUUCUAUCAAGAAGAAUCCAUAUUGGCAAAUAUGUCGCUGAGGUGAAGUUCAAAAACGCUUCUCAGGAUUAUAGUCCACUAAUACAAGCAAAGGACAGCAAUUCUCUGAUGGAUCUGCUCACUUUCAAGGCUGUCGAAGAGAAGGUCAAGAAGAGAGUAGAGAAGAAAGCCAGGACCUUUGGACAGAAUGUCACCUUGGAGGACAGUGCCGGCAAGCAACAAAGCACUGCCGGUGACAGCGAAUGCAAGCUCGAUCCUACAGUGCUCUCCAAGCUGUAUGAUCAGUGGGUGAUGCCAUUGACGAAAGAUGUCGAAGUCGAGUAUCUCCUCCGCCGUCUCGGCUGAUCGCAAAUCGCUGCAAAUAUUAUGUGUGAUUUACAGUUGUAUCAUCAGAGUGUUGUGCACAUGCCUUUAUCACUGCUAUAUUCAAACUCGAUUACAAAAGAAUGCUACAGAUUCGCGCCAGGAUCUGGGCUUGUUUGUGUC